AAACUUUAUCACCUCUGUCAAACUUCCUGCUUGGCUCAGAGUGUGUGUGAGUGUGUGUGUCCGUGUGUGUGAGUCCUCCUCCACCUCCCUAACCCUGCUUGUGGACACACCAAGCCGAGCAGCAGCGUCCCCCCCUCGGAUCCACUCCUCCAGAAGAACCCGGGUCCAAAUCUCAGACUCUAUGAUUCCAACAAACACGAAGACACAAACUCUCCAGGUUCGUUUCGACUUCCGCUUCCCCGGCUAACCGGUUAGCAUCGAGUCACGAGGGCAAAGAGAAGCUCCAAGUGUUUAAACUUUCCCAGCCGCUGAACCGUGAAACAUGGAGGAUCGAGGCCCGGCUCAGAGGAAGAUGUCCACAGCUGGAGACAGUCUGUACAAGGUGCUGGGUCUGGAGCGAGGAGCCACCCAGGAGGACAUCAAGAAGGCGUACAGGAAACUGGCACUAAGGCAUCAUCCCGAUAAGAACCCGGACAACCCAGAAGCUGCAGAGAAGUUCAAGGAGAUCAACAACGCCAACUCCAUCCUCAGCGACGAGAACAAGAGGAAGAUCUACGACGAGUACGGAUCCAUGGGCCUGUACGUGGCCGAGCAGUUUGGAGACGAGAGCGUGAAGCUGCACUUCCUCGUGAACAAGUGGUGGUUCAAGGCCCUCCUGGUGUGUGGCUGUUUCUUCACCUGCCUCUGCUGCUGCUGCUGCUGCUGCUUCGGCUGCGGGAGGUGCGGCCCCCCCACUGCCGAAGAGGAGCCCAACUUCUACAUGGACCCGGACGACCUGGACGGGGAGUUUGAAGAACACAGAGCAGCAGGAGAUCCUGUGAUAGUUGCUCAGCCGAGCUCCUCUGCUGCUGCUGCUGCUGAGGAUCCAGCCGGAGGAGAUCAUGUGAUCGUUAUGCAGCCGAGCUCGGCUGCCGCUGACAAAUCAGGUGACAACGCAACGAUUGUGAUUCAGCCUCGAGCGAGUGACGGCUCCUCGGGGCCCGGAGCCGCCCAACAGGAAGAGUGAGCUCAGGAAUGAAGACGAGAAUGAAUGAGUUGAGUGGAGUGAGUGGAGUCAUUUCUGAUUGUGAACCGUCUCUAAACCAGGUGGUGGCUGUUGAUGAACACAAGUCCAGUGUGUGUGUCUGUGUGUGUCUGUAUGUGUGUGUUUGUUUCCCUCGGACUGUGGCAGACCUGCAGAAAACCUGUUCAUCUCUCAGGUGUUUUCGUUUACAUGAACCAGGCAGCGAUCUGAUUGUGCCAACGUUUCUCUUCCUUUUAAAAAAAACAAACAAUGUUAAUGGUGUAUUCUUUAAUCCCGUCUUUUAUUUAUUUCUAUAAGAUAUAAUAUGGAGCAACUCUUAAAAACGACUAGAUGACCAGAUGUUUUCUGUUUAGUUGACUCGUGUACUUUGAUUGUGUAAAACUGUUUCCGACAGAGUUCCAACCCAGAGGAAAUCCACAGUUUUAUUCAAGGGAGCGGUUCAUUUAAAUCUGGUUUCCUUUUUAAUUUGUGUCAUUCGAGCUCUGCCCGUGUUUGUGUCCGUCUCGACUCAAACCUCGAAAAAAAAACUCAUCGUUAGCCAGUUGUCGGUUUGGUUUGUACUGGUCACUCGUGAUGGAUCAGGACUCGUUCAUCGGCGUUUGAUUCGUUACCUCAUGGAAAACACGUCUUUUCCUAAGAGGAGAGCGGGGGAGG